UAGAUUUGGAGGAGCACUGGACUCACGUUCAUCCAGGGAGCGCGAGGGCUCCGGAAGUGAGGUGGUGGAACAUUAAGGACGAAAACAUCUGGACUUCAUUUGUACACUGGACAGAGAAGAACUCACAAUGAAAAUGCAAUUUGUUAUCCUGUAAGUCUAAUUAGUGACUAUGAAUAAAGGUAGAGGGUUUAUCUGAACAUUAUAAGUGAAAACCAUUAACCACCAAUGAGACUGGUGUUCAUAUUCUGUAGUAGGACGUUUCGACAGUGGUUCUGAGGAAAUAUGUGUGUGAACGGCGCGUAAUGUGCGCGCGCCUCCCUGUUGUUCCAUAGCCGGUGGAGCUGUUGUUCUCAGAGUUAGAGAAGGAACAACCACACGGACACUGGGAAUAGAGCAACAAAGGAGAAAGUAUGAGCCUAACGAAAAGUCUUAGGCAUUGUCUUUAAAGUAUUUUGUAUUGGGAAUCAUUCAGUCUUCGCAGUAUAUACUUUUUUAUUUUGAGGCAGAGUAGUUCCAGCUAUGGAUUUACCUUUGACCAGACAAGCAACACUGCCCAGUCGUCAUCCGAACUUUUGACCAGACAAGCAACACUGCCCAGUCGUCAUCCGAACUUUUCUCCUCAUUACCCUCUACCCAGAAGAAGACAGCGCUCACAAAUCAGGUGAACUUUUGAAAAUGCAUUUGAUUUGGAGAUAGGUAGCCACAUGCUACACCUUUGUCGACAACAACCACAACUACACCGGCCGACUUCGCACAUGGGGUGACCCAACCAGGCUUCCUGGGCCACAGAGACGUGAUUCUGGGACGGGCACAGUCCCUCCCCUCAGCCUGCCUGCCCUGCGUCCUCCCCCUGUCUCCCAGACGUCUCCUCUUGAGAGAAUGACUAUUGGCCCAGACCAGCUCUACCGUCACCACACCACUGUGUGAAUGACUCUUUGUCGAAAAGCCACCGUGCUCUGCCACCCCGUUGUUGCCAUGAAGAGCAAGUAUUCCCAGUACUACAACCGGACCCUGAUCCAUGCCUACUAUGUGUUUGCCAAGGACAUGACCUCGGAGGAGCUGGAGGAGCGCACCAACGGGAAGGCCCAGCUCAGCUCCCUCAACAUCGUCUUCGUCAUCAUCUGCAGCAUCAUCAUUCUGGAGAACUUGCUGGUGCUCAUUGCCGUGUUCCGCAACAAGAAGUUCCACUCCGCCAUGUUCUUCUUCAUCGGGAACCUAGCCUUCUCCGACCUGCUGGCCGGCUCUGCCUACAUCGCCAACAUCUUCCUAUCAGGGCCAAGGACCUUUGAGUUGGUGCCGGUGCAGUGGUUCAUCCGGGAGGGCACAGCCUUUAUAGCGCUGGCCGCCUCCGUCUUCAGCCUGCUGGCCAUCGCCAUCGAGCGCUACAUCGCCAUCACCAAGGUCAGGGUGUACGGCUCCAACAGGACGUGUCGUAUGUUCCUGCUGAUCGGGACGUGCUGGGUCACCUCCAUCCUCCUGGGGGGCCUGCCGAUCAUCGGCUGGAACUGCAUCAACAACCUGCCUGAGUGCUCGGUCUUGCUGCCUCUCUAUUCUAAGAAGUACAUCCUGUUUGUGGUCACCAUCUUCAGCAUCAUCCUGCUCUCUAUCGGCAUCCUUUACGUGCGCAUCUACUUGAUCGUGCGCUCCAGCCACCAAGAGGCCACCAACUCUCCGGCCUACGCCCUGCUGAAGACGGUCACCAUCGUGCUGGGCGUCUUCAUCGUGUGCUGGCUGCCCGCCUUCACAGUCCUCCUCCUGGACACCUCCUGUCGCAGGCUGGACUGCCCCGUCCUCUCCAAGGCAGACAUCUUCUUUGGCAUCGCCACGCUCAACUCGGCACUCAACCCACUGAUCUACACGCUACGCAGCAAGGACAUGAGAAAAGAGUUCCUGCGCGUGCUGUGCUGCUGGGGGCUGUUGACCAGCGGGCGCCCCACUGACCGAUGCCUGGUGCCCCUCAAGAGCUCCAGCUCUAUGGAGCACUGUACCAACAAACACGAACACCAGACCACGCCCAUCAUGCAGGCAGAGUGCACCACCUGUGUCUGACUCGAUGCUAUAAUCACACACUGUGUGUUUCUGAAUGUGAAUGUGUGUGCGUGUGUCUGUUUGACUGGGUGUGUGAGAGGGAUAGUGUGUGUGAUGGGGCUGUGUGCAGGUGAAGAGACUUAAAGAGGAAAGCACACCUGUGAACCCCCCCCAUCCCCACUCCAGACCUGCCACACAGAAGACCGUCUUGUCUGUUUGUCUGGAGAGAUGUCACAACAUCGUUGACUCUCAUUACAAUCAUACCUGUGUGAAUUCACAAUCAGCAUUUAACCGAUUCACCACAAGAGCGUGGUAACGCAAUCAUCCUCGAGAGUGAAUUCACUAUUAUUCAAUGAAUUCACAAUCGUAGCUGAGACUUUUUUUAAUCUUAUUUUUGAACAAUGUUUUAAACAUUUUCUUAGGGACUUUCACAGAGUGGAGUCAAUCUUUGUUGAGGGAGUCUUGAUUAUAACGAUACAUAAUUAAUGUUCUGCAUGUCGACUUGUUUUACACGUAUGCAGACUCUCUUAUGGAAAGCCAAAUCCACAGACACCAUAUACAUAAUCGUGAUGCUGAGUUGUUGGAGUGUUUUACUGCGCCCUGAUAAUGGAAAGCUUUCACAUAUUGCACUUUGUAGACAUGUAAGCGUUGUGUGAUUGUUUAUGGCUGUCGCCCUCUUGAAAGGUUAAACCACAGAAGUUUCCCUGAGUGAAUUAUAUAUGUAUCCAUACAUACAGAACUCAUAGGCCAUUGCUCAUAUAGAGAGACGUGAGGCACCCAGGCAGUGACUAGUCCUCACUCAGUACUGCACUCCAUGCAGGCCGAAACCCUUGCAAGUACCCCUCUAAACCAGGGCUAUAUACCUUCAUAUAUCAACAUACAUAGAUCCCUUUGAUUAACUGCAAAAAACAAAAGUACUCUGCUUACGUAUAUUGCACGACAUUCUAACUCCUUUGUAAGAACUAAUGUGUAUUGGUGUACUCCAGUAAGUUCAGCUUGUUCAUUAACAUUCUCUCUCUCUCUCUCUCCGCCCACUUAAAUCUGUCCCUCUCGCUUUUAAUGUUGUCUUUUGUAACUAACGUUUCCUAAGAGGAAGGCCCAAUCAGAAAACACAUUUCUUGAAGUGAGUUGGCACUGAUAAAUUUCACUCAAUUACAGCUACCCAGCAGCCCAUAACCAACAGGACUGUUGUUUUAACAAAGUUGUAGCAACGCAGUGGCAGUGUGCUUUCUGUUAUUAUUGGUUCUUGCUCCAGGGGAAUGGGCCUGAAUGUAAGUCUGAAGUGUUUGGAGCGAGACCGCUCUAUUUUUUUACAGUAUUAUAGAUCAUUGACUUGUCAUUGCCGUGCAGAGAGUGGGAUUAAACAGGGUAGGUCAAUCUCACUGUGAAGUCUUAAAAACAGACUACAACAAAUAACAGCAAUAUCACCACCAAGCCAGUCCAGGUAGAAUGGUUGAAAAAUAGUACAGUCCUGUUCAACACAGGAAGACAUGGGAUUCGUCCAGAAUAGACACGUCUCAUCUUCCCCAACAAUCCCCCUCCAUAAACGAGAGAAGAUCCCGUUUCAAGGGGAGCGGGGGUCUCCAUUCCCGCCCUCUUUAUUCUCUUAAGACGCCUAAAUAAACUCUUAAUUCCUCUAACGACAGGAAGUCCUGUGUUUCAUAAAGCGGUUGCUGUUGUUCAGGAAGAACCUCAUCUGCCUUUGUCCAGACACACUCACUCUCACUUGGCCACGCUUCUGGUCCUCAUAUUUCCAUGCAGGUUUUUACAGCCUGCUAGUUAGACAGCGAGCCCUAGCCUGGAAUCCAAACUGAUAUGCUCUGUUACAAUUGUUUCACUUCACAAUAAACUGAACCUAUGAAUGUAGAUUCCGGGCUAGACCAGACCAGUAGGAAUAGUGAAAGCAAUAUGGCAGCUUCCAUAUUGCCUGACUGCCUGCGCUCUCCCGGGUUUCUUAAAAGACAACGCAAACAUACCUAUCACUUCAUUCAUGUGUUGUCUAACCCUGUAUAAAUAUAUGAAUAACUAUGUAUGUAAGUAUGUACAGUAUGUAUGUAUGUAUGUAUGUAUGUAUGAACUGUGUUCAUGUAUGGAAUGUCUUGUGUGUCCAGUAGCACUAUGCCUGUGUCAGAACGGUACAUAUUAAACACUAAUAGUGGUACAUAAUUUGUUUUUCUUAAAUGCAUUCCUUUUUAUAAAAUAAAUGAAGUAUCAAAAGAA